UCCUCCAGACCUCGAAUCAACUGAUUGUCAUUCUCACAAUCCAUCCCCUCCAUCCUCGAUCCUCGAUCCUCUCCCCUGGUUCCCCGUCGCCGAAUCACCGUGCCAGUCCACCCAUAUCUCGUCCGCCCCUGCCAAUCGCACACCGUCUCCCCCUCCGCCUUAUCGCAUCGUCUCCUUCUCUGACCCGAUGCCAUGAGAGAACACCACGCAACCGCCUCAAAGAGGUUCACCCCUCACCGCAUCAACCUGUUCCACCACCAGAAGCGGCGCUUCGAUGCCGCUAAAAAGACGCAAAAGACCUAUGCCGACUACAUUCUUGUACUGCUCGACAAUCUCUUUCAGCUCCAGAGCGAUCGGCCCUGCCGCUUCACAUCGCUAGCCGUCGAUCAUGUCCGGUGUCGCUCCCUUGGGCCCGCCGGCGAUGCCGACGAUGCUGCUGAUUUUAAGAACGUCAAGCUCGAGGAUAUGGCCGUCGACGGGCCGCAAGCCCCCGGCCUUGCCGAUCCGGACUCGUCCCUCGACGAGCUGCUGUCGGCCAGCCCCGAGCCCGUGCAGGCCGCCAGGGAUGGCUCAGCGCCCGAUGACCAGCCAAAGCUGGACGACAGUCAUACCCCGCUCGACGCCGUCUGGAGAGUCUGGAUCCCGGCCUCGUCCAUGGCCAAGCUCAUUGUUCUCAAGAAGCGCUGCUCGCCUCCCAACUCCAAAAAGCUCGCCACCUGGGAGUUUGUCGAGCUGCUUUCGGAGCUGUAUGAACUCUCCAACGACACUGCUUUCAAGGUCGGCUUUCUGGAGCUCCUGGCCUCGGCGCCCGAUCCCGACACCGUCUCGUCCGCGUCUUCCUCUGCUCAGAACGCUCGCUUCAGCCCCAACCAGUACCGGGACACCGGCGCCAGCACGAUGUCCAGCCCGCACUCAUCGUCGAUCGCACCCAGCUCCAGCGCAAACCCGUCGCAGUCCCCGCCAAGUAUCUUCACCCCGGAGUUCUCGCCGCCGCACACGCCCGAAUCGACUGGAAUUCAUCUCUCCCACCUGUCUCACCUGUCCAUCGACACCACCUGGCCAACUUGGCUGCCCGGCACCAACCCAAAUAGCUUCUCGGACGAAUUCGUCUCAAAUUCGGUUGGCCAUUUCUUCAAGAAUGCCGUUGGAACCUACGUCUCACUCGGCCUGCUUUUCGAGCCUCAUCUGAGAUCCAACUGGACGACUCAGCCGGAAUUCCUCAAGUACGCCAUCCUGACCUCGGGUCUGUGGAUGGAGCGUCGCGGUGUCGCUCCGCUUGGUUUCAUCGUGCCCAUGUUCUCGAAGGCUCGAGAGCUCGUCCUGGAAGCCAUGGACACGCUCUCUGUCGAGUUGAUCCAGGCUCUGAUCUUGCUGGGACGCCAGUCGUUGUCCGAUCGAACGCUGGCUCAUCGCUCUGAAUCCGGCUCAGACAUGGGCAACUUCCCGCUGUCCUGUCGCUUCCUGAAAAUGGCGAUUCGCGCCGCCCAAACACUGCAGAUCGACCGGCCGUCGUGGUACAAGGACAAGAGUUGGUUUGAAGCCGAGCAUGCUCGACGAGCCUGGUUUCAAUGUGUCUAUCUGAACUACCUGGCGGCCGCAAACGUCAUGGCGUACCGGUCCAUCGACGCCACGCCCCUUCCCCUGACGGUGCCGUGUCCGCCGUCCAACGAGUACUUUUGGACCAACCCCUCGUCCUGGCCGCCAUUCUUUUGUGGCAGCGAGGUUCCACCGGGAGUGGAUCCGUAUAUACCCGACUACACAAGCUAUAUCCUCACCUUUGUGCAGAUCGACCAGCAGGCCACAAAGUACCUCUCGCUCUACAACGACGGCCCGCCCGAACUCAACCCCGAGACCUAUCUCGAGAACCAAGCCAAGCUCGAGGAGUACAAGGCCUGGUCAUCCGUGACGGCCGACAAGCUGUGGAGCUGGUACAUUUCCCUGCCCGAAUGGAUGAAAGACCUGAACAACCUUAUCAACGACCAGCAGCGCAACCGCUUUGGAAAGUUCUCGAUGGACAUCUUGCAGUGCAAUAUCCUCUACCAGGGCACGCUGAUAUUGAUCUACUUCCCGGCGAUGAUCGAAGAUCUGUGGCGCGACCCCGACUCGAUGGGUGACAGUGCUCGGUUUCCUGUUGGUCUGCGAACCUGCGUCACUGCCGCGGCUAUCCUCCGCGAGCUGCUCAAGAUCAUGCAAAAGUUCGAGGCUGAAAACGAGCAACGCACCCUGAUCUUCUCCAACUUUAUGCCGCUGUGCCGUAUGGUGAAUCUGAUCACGCUCCGGCUCAACCCCCAAGAGUCCAUCGAGGAGGUGCUGAUGCUGUGGUUUCACAUGCACAAGGACUGGAUCUACAGGCCUCGGCCCAAGCUCUCACGCAGUCCGCUUGAGAUGCUCGCCGAUUUGUUCCAGAAGCGCAUGGUGCGGAUUCAUGUCCACUCGAUGCUGACACCUCUGGAAAGCCAGAUCGUGCGCGAGUGCGUCAAGCGACACCGUGCCGUGGCAUCGCCCAUCUGGGACAUUGCCCUGGGCCCGUGGAUCACCCUGGAUCUCUGGACCGAGGUUGAGUUUGCGCUCACAGGCCGAAACGAACCCGUGCGGUUCCGCAUCAUCGAUCCUCCGUCUCUGGAGAUGUCGUCGUAUCUCUGCCAGUACAUGGUCAACAACCUGGCCUCCAUCAAGUUCACGCAAAACCAGUAAUGCGACUUCCAGCGCUUGCAUCGCUGUGCUCUUGAUUCUUUUCCCCCUACCCCGUCGCUCCCGUUGCCCCUUUGCUGGGUGUAUGUGUAUGUGUAUGUG